AUGUUGCGAUCCAUUUACGAUUUGACCGUUAUUCUUCAAGCACCCAAACAAGAUCCGGAUGAAACAUGCAAUGGUGCCCUCAAAGGAUCUAAAAUUUUCGUGCAACAUCCAGCUGAUCACCCGCAAUCAUCGCUGUAUUACUACGCGUCACUGCCCGGCCAAGUCUCAUCUGUGGCCCUAAAAUUUAACAUGAUCAGUACUUCUAAUAGUUUAAAAAGUUACAGUCCCGAAGUACGUCAGUGUUAUUUCCAACAUGAAAGGUAUUUGCGAUAUUUCAAAAUAUACACUUCAAAAAACUGCAGAUUGGAGUGUCAAGCGAAUUAUACUUUUGAAAAAUGUGGAUGCGUCUGGUUUCAUAUGCCGCAUAAUGACAGCGAAUCUAUUUGCACUGUAAAUAAAUUGGACUGCAUUAAAAAAGCUAUAGAUGAAUUCACCAAUGAGAUAUUUGAUGAUUUUGUAGAAGAUGAACCCGAUCCGUGCUUAUGUUUACCACCAUGUGACCAGAUCUCCUACGAUGCAGAAAUCCUCAAGACUGAUUUCAAUUUUAGUUCAAUAAUAAAUCAAUUUCAGAAAUUAGCUGAAAUCGACCUGUCUAAUCUUAUUGAGAGUUACGAUUAUUCUCGAAUUGACAUCUACUUCAAAGAGCCGAGAUUUGCAUCAAUGCGACGAUCAGAACUGUUUGGCCUGACAGAUUUUCUCGCUAAUUGUGGUGGCUUACUCGGACUGUUUCUCGGAUUUUCUGUCCUCAGCCUUAUUGAAAUUAUAUAUUUUUGUACAUUAAGACUUGGAUUUACUUUGAAGAAAGAUUUAGAUCAAGAGAAAAGCACGCUAAGGAAGGACAAAGUUAAUGAUGCAGAAACGAAUGCAUCUGAAUGAAAUAAACUAAAGGGAAAAAAUAAACAUGGAUACUAGCGAUCGUAUUAUAGUACUUUGAUUGUAAUUAAAUUUUACAAGUAUUGUAUGAAAACUUUAAUAGUUAAAGACCAAAAACUAAACUAGACAUAUGAAAAGUCUUAACCAUGUACAAUUACUUCAUCAAUAUAUUGGUAUACAAAAUAAAUUUUACAUACCAGUAUUUUGGUGAAACAUAUAGCUCGAUGUAUACACAAUCUAAUAUCUAACGUAAUCAUGUUUAAUGCAAAUAAAGAACUUGAAUUCGAAAACUGAUAUAGUAGAAAAAAAGAGGCAAUAAACAUAUAGACAAUAUAAAAAGAUACGUAAUUUUAGUUUUUAACAAGUGGAUGUACUAAUUUUUGAUCUAUUAAAAAGGUUAUCCCAAGAGACUACAGCAUGGGAUUCUUCAAAAGGGGGGUAAAGAGGUUUCUUCAGGGUCGGCAACGCUCGCGUAAUACCUCUGGUAUUGCAGGUGUUCAUAGGCUACGUUAACCACCCACCGUCAGGUGGGCCGUAUGCUUGUUUGCCACGUUAGUGGUAUAAAAAAAAAGAAUUAAAGUAAUUAAUGUUAAACUUUCACGUUGUUUAUAUAUAUUUUGACCACACGUGGCUACGACGUGGUGCAAUCUACGUCGAAACGUCAGCAAUAAAGAAACAGGUAUGUAGGUAAUAUUUACCUGUAAAAGCUUUUACAUCGCGUUAAGUGCCGAUUGUGUAUUUAAAAUAGAAUUAAAGUAAACUUAAUAACCUAUAAUUUAUUGUGACCUUUAAUAAUUUUAUAUUACAAGAAAAACUGUUAAGACAUAAAAAUAUAAAAGUGACAGGUAUCACUUUGUUCUUAUUCUAAGUGUUGCAUUUAUAUUUCUGAUCCUUUAAUAUAUCUCACUAAUUUGUCAUUCUUAAUCGUAAAAUUGUUAUCUAAUUUUUGAGCAAUAUUUCAAUAGCAAUUGUAUAAUAUAAUUACUCGUGUUUGUAGUAUAAGAAUCACUCAGCUUCUAGUGUAAGUCAUAUCUAUGUAUGAAUUCUAAAACUACAAUAUACCACAUAAAUAUAUUGUCUCAAUAUAUUUAGUCAUAAUAUAAAGCUAUGGUUUUCUUUUAAUGCAAGCUACCAAGACACGUUCGAUAUUUAUAAGUAAAUUUUGAAUUUAAUAAUAAAUAAAUAAAAUAUAUUUAAGUAUUUAUAAUGUUAUUGUAAUGAUGAUAGUUAAUGAUUACUAGUAGGAGACUUUGUGCAAAGUUCGUUUGCUUGGGCACCUCUGUUCCAUUUGUGUUUCUACCGUGAAGCAGUUGUGUUUGCAUGGCUGUGUCUCGGUUCGAAGGGUGGGAUAUGGCGUGAAUUUACAGAGUACAGAGGAAUAUUACCUGAGUUCUCAGGAAUGGCAACGCAUGGGGGGUAUUAUAGGUGAAACAGUAUACUCUGUUAUGUCCAUGGUACUGCUCAUGUCUAUAGGCGACAGUUACCACUUUCCAUCAGGUGGGCCGUCAGCUUGUUUGCCAUCCUAAGUUGUAUAAAAAAUGAAAUAGUUUGUCAUCAUUAUUCUUAUAUAGUAGAUGGUAUAAUAAAUAGAGGUAUUUACUGGGUAAGUUACUGACUUCAAACUCCAGACAUCUCUAUUAUUUCCAUUAAGAAAUUUAUCAAUCGACUUUAAACAGAAGGCGUUUUUCAAUUCGUUUAUAUCUUUUUUUUAAUGUUUGUAAUCUCAUAAUUCUAUCAGUUGUAAGUCGAUUUCGAAAAAGGACUAUAUGCUGGUAUAUGGAAACACGGUGUCUUUAAAAAUAAAAUAUAAUUAUAAAAAAAUUAUACAAAGCAAAUAAAGGGAGCAAGUAAGCGAACGAGAAAACAACAUAAUCUGAGAGCAACUUCAAGUCACAAACAAAAAUUUCAUUUCAAUAAAAUUAAAAGGAAACAAAAAUGUGCGUUGUGCACACUGAUAAUUAAACAACUUUUAUGUUUACUGUAAUAUGAAUUGGUUUUUUUUUUUUUAUGAAACUUUUUAUACAGAUUUAUACUUAUAUUAGAAAUAAAUAAAGUCAGGUAUGGAAUAUAAAUUUGAAUCAACGUAUCUGUUGUAAAUUUCAAGUGUCUAAAUUCGUGACUACUAUACGUGACCGACACAAUUAGUAUUCAUAAUUUUUGGAACUACUUUUAAAUAUAUCACCUUAUGUACGUAA